GAGAGGCUGCUGCUGCUGGUGCUGCUGGUGCUGCGUGGCCCCCUUUCCUCCUGGAGGUCUCCCCAGUCAUGUCCUUCCGGAAAGUUGUCCGCCAGAGCAAAUUCCGCCACGUCUUUGGGCAGCCCGUCAAGAACGACCAGUGCUACGAUGACAUCCGGGUAUCACGAGUCACUUGGGACAGCACUUUUUGUGCUGUCAACCCCAAGUUUGUUGCUGUGAUUAUAGAGGCCAGUGGAGGAGGGGCCUUCAUGGUGCUCCCACUACAGAAGACUGGGCGCAUUGAUAAGUCCUAUCCUACAGUAUGUGGACACACAGGCCCUGUUCUGGACAUCGAUUGGUGCCCACACAAUGAUCAUAUCAUUGCCAGUGGCUCUGAGGAUUGCUCUAUUAUGGUAUGGCAGAUCCCAGAGAACGGACUGACAUUGCCUCUGACUGAGCCAGUGGUGGUUCUAGAAGGGCACUCCAAGCGUGUGGGCAUCAUCACUUGGCAUCCAACAGCCCGCAACGUCCUUCUGAGUGCAGGCUGUGAUAAUGUGGUAAUUGUGUGGAAUGUGGGCACAACUGAGGAACUUUACCGUCUGGAUGAUCUCCAUCCUGACCUCAUUUAUAAUGUCUGCUGGAACCGUGAUGGCAGCCUGUUUUGCUCAGCUUGCAAAGACAAGAAUGUACGCAUCAUUGACCCCCGUCGCGGCCAAGUUGUAGCGGAAAAGGAGAGAGCCCAUGAGGGAGCACGUCCCAUGCGGGCCAUUUUCUUGGCUGAUGGAAAGAUCUUCACCACAGGCUUCAGCCGGAUGAGCGAACGGCAACUGGCACUCUGGGACCCGGAGAAUCUAGAGGAGCCCAUGGCAUUACAGGAGCUGGACUCGAGCAAUGGUGCCCUUCUUCCCUUCUAUGACCCUGAUACCAAUGUUGUCUAUGUUUGUGGCAAGGGAGAUUCAAGCAUCAGAUACUUUGAGAUCACAUCAGAAGCACCCUACAUCCACUUUCUGAACACCUUUACUAGCAAAGAGCCCCAGCGUGGCAUGGGAUGGAUGCCUAAGCGGGGUCUGGAUGUCAACAAGUGUGAGAUUGCCAGGUUUUACAAACUCCAUGAACGCAAAUGUGAACCCAUUAUCAUGACAGUGCCAAGGAAGUCAGAUCUGUUCCAAGAUGACUUGUAUCCCGACACAGCUGGGCCCGAAGCAGCCAUGGAAGCAGAGGAGUGGGUAGCGGGCAAGACUGCAGCACCCAUCCUGAUCUCGCUGCGUGAAGCCUAUGUGCCCACAAAGCAACGGGACUUCAAAGUCAAUAGGAGGAGCUUGUUGCAAGAGAACCGCCCUGCUGCCACACCCAGUGCUGGGCUGAGUGCCACACACCCCAGUGCCAUGACUCAGUCUGCUGUAGUGCCUGCUGUUAGCGUCAGUGCUGCCAGCGGGGAUGGAGGACAGAUCACAGAAGAGGUCCUGCGUGAGGUGGCAUCCCUGCGAGCACUCGUAGCUGCACAGGGCGAGCGCAUUGCACGGCUAGAGGAGCAGUUGAGCCGCAUCGAGAAUGGUGAUGUCUAGGGGCCUUGUCUGCCACAGAGGAGGAGACCCCACCAACACGGUUCUUCAUUCCUGCUUCAACUUUCUUUCUUUCUUUCUUUCUUUUUUUGAGCUGCCAGUGAUUCCUCUACACUGCCUCAUCCUCCGUGCCCUGUGGUGUGAGACAGGGAUGUUGCCCUCUCUUGCUGCUACUGGGAAUGCUUCCUUGGGUUUUAUCUGGGACCAAUAUCUCCUCUUCCUGUUGUUACCCUUGCACCUCAUACUCUCCAAGGGGCAAUGUGCUGGUCUCCCCACAUCUGCCCCUUUGCCUUACUUGUCAGGGUCCCUGGAUACUCUCCCAUUUCCAUGUUUGGGGUUGGCCUGCAUGUCCUCCCAGUGGGGAUCAGGACUGGCUGGUGGCUCAACCUGCUGUCUAUGCCCUCCACUGGGGAGAAGGCUGGUAUUCCCCUUCCCAAUCUCCUGGGGCAGGUGGGAUUGGCUAUUAGAAUAGUGCCUCCUAUGAUUCAGUGCUGGGGGUGGUCAUGCCUCUUCUCACCUCCUUUCCCUUGCUAAGACCACUAAGAUCAUGUUGAGGAUUCUUCUGUUUCCUCUUCUGAACUUCAUUUUUGCAAAGAGACCACAGAAGUGACCAGAGGGCCUCGGCUGAGAAAGAAACCUGCCAUCCAGUCACGGCCUGAAGCCUCUUGCCUCUGGGACCACUUCUCUUUUUCCUGCUCCUUCUCUCCCCAGAUUUCUUCAUCCCUCUCCAGCCCUCAAAAUGAAGCAGGUUCUAUCUAAAUUAAAGAGGGUGGGAGGAGGGGGGAGCUGUUCAGGGUUGAUACCUAUAUUUUCAUUCCAAAUAAAUGUCUAUAUAAAGCCACAGUCUAUUGCUGCCCCCUCUCUUUUUCCCACUAACCUGGUAAGUCAAAGUAAGUGGAGGUUCUUUGCUGGAAUGUUUGCCUCUGUCAAGCCACGGAUCAUAGUUACACCAACAUUAUCAUGACAUGAGACAACACAGUGCACUAUGCAGCAGAUAACUUCCCGAAGGAACCAGAUCUCAUUCCCAACACCACUUCAGGAGCAACAUAGACAUUUUUGUAUGUUUGCAGAAAAUCAGACUGUAUGUGAAAAGUUGCAUGUAUGUAAUAAACAACAUGGUUUUCUGACUUGAA